ACAUGUGUAUAACAAGAAAAUAUUCUCCCCCCCGGAAACAAUCUCUGUUGUGCUAUAAAGAUCCGAAUAGCAGGUUAGGUUUAGACGUAGCUAGCUGGAUAGACAACAUUAAUAUCCCAAAUAACUGUAUUUACAAUGGCAAUGUACGGGGUUUAAUUGAAAAGCAAUAUACGUGUACUCUAUCCCAUUGUCUUGACAUUCAAAGCAAUUCGCUAUCCUACGUUGCACGAAUCUUCGAAAAUAUGGCGGCGUCGGUGUUGAAGGUCGCACUUACAGGUCUCUCAAAAUGUGUUCGUCACACUUGUUCUCCAAUGCUGAGGACAAUUUCAAACUCAACACCACUCUGCCAAGGUAUUCCAGGAUCUGUAUGGAAACUGGGAAGGCUAAAUCACAUCGCUAUAGCUGUGCCAGACAUGGAGAAAGCCACUGCUCUUUACAGAGAUGUACUGGGGGCUCAGGUCAGCGAUAAAGUUCCCCUUCCUGAGCAUGGAGUCUACACUGUCUUUGUGGAGCUGGGUAACACAAAACUGGAACUGCUGCACCCACUCGGGGAGAAGAGCCCCAUUGCAGGCUUCCUACAGAAGAACAAAUCUGGUGGGAUGCACCAUAUCUGCAUUGAGGUUGAUGAUAUCAAUGCAGCGAUAGUGGAUCUGAAGGCUAGGAACAUUAGAACCCUGUCAGCUAAACCACGGAUAGGCGCUCAUGGGAAACCUGUCAUGUUCCUCCACCCAAAAGACUGUGAUGGUGUACUUGUGGAACUGGAGCAAGCUUGAAUACCCACAGGUCUCAUAAACUCUGUAGUUCACAAUUAGCCGGUUUGAAAAUUGAUUUAUUAUUGCGCUUUUUCCACCAGUAAUAAUGAUAGCAAAGGUAACAUUUUUUUUAUAUGUAUAAUAGCAGGGCAUUGAUCUAUGAAAUAUAAUAUAUACACUACUGGUCAAAAGUUUUAGAACACCUACUUAUUCAAGGGUUUUUCUUUAUACUAUUUUCUACAUUGUAGAAUAAUAGUGAAGACAUCAAAACUAUGAAAUAACACAUGGAAUCAUGAAGUAACAAAAAGUGUUAAACAAAUCAAAAUAUAUAUAUAAAAAUAGCCGCUCUUUGCCUUGAUGACAGCUUUGCACACUCUUGGCAUUCUCUCAACCACCUUUACCUGGAAUGCUUUUCCAACAGUCUUGGAAGGAGUUACCACAUAUUGCUGAGCACUUGUUGGCUGCUUUUCCUUCACUCUGUUGUACGACUCAUCCCAAACCAUCUCAAUUUGGUUGAGGUAGGGGGAUUGUGGAGGCCAGGUCAUCUGAUGCAACACUCCAUCACUCUCCUCCUUGUUAAAUUAGCCCUUAUACAUCCUGGAGGUGUGUUGAGUCAUUGUCCUGUUGGAAAAACAAAUGAUACUCUCACUAAGCCCAAACCAGAUGUGAUGUUGUAUUGUCGCAGAAUGCUGUGGUAACCAUGCUGGUUAAUUCUAAAUAAAUCAGUGUCACCAGCAAAGCACCCCCACACUAUAACACCUCCUCCUCCAUGCUUUACUGUGGGAAAUACACAUGCAGAGAUCAUCCGUUCACCCACAUCGCGUCUCACAAAGACAUGGCGGUUGGAACCAAAAAUCUCCAAUUUGGACUCGAGACCAAAGGACAAAUAUCCACCGGUCUAAUGUCCAGUGCUCGGGUUUUUUGGCCCAAGCAAGUCUCUUCUUCUUAGUGUCCUUUAGUAGUGGUUACUUUGCAGCAAUUUGACCAUGAAGGCCUGAUUCACACAGUCUCCUCUGAACAGUUGAUGUUGAGAUGUCUGUUACUUCAACUCUGAAGCAUUUCUUUGAGCUGCAAUUUCUGAGGCUGGUAACUUUAAUGAACUUAUCCUCUGCAGCAGAGGUAACUCUGGGUCUUCCAUUCCUGUGGCGGUCCUCAUGAGAGCCAGUUUCAUCAUAUCGCUAGAUGGUUUUUGCGGCUGCACUUGGAACAAACGUUCAAAGUUCUUGAAAUGUUCCGUAUUGACUGACCUUCAUGUCUUGACGUUUCUCUUUGCUUUUUUGAGCUGUUCUUGCAAUUAUAUGGACUUGGUUUUGAUGUCUUCAGUAUUAUUCUAUAAUGUAGAAAAGUCAAAAAUAAAGAAAAACCCUUGAAUGAGUAGGUGUUCUGAAACUUUUGACCGGUAGUGUAUUGGUUUGUUUUCCUUUAAAAAUAAAAAAAAUCUUUAUCUGCCUUAAAACGAAGUGUCUAUUUGCCUCUGCUGUGAAUAAAUUCUAUGAUCGACUCUAAGCACUUAUGGUGAGUAAAUUCAAAUGUAUUAAUUCAUUUUCACGUGUACAUAGACAAAUGUUUUUAUAUGAAAUGACUUAUUUUCACACGGAUUUAAACAGAGUUGCUGUGGAAAUAUUUAUUUGGAGCGAAUUCAAUAAAUAUGCACCUUUCAGCUGG